UCACCAAAAAUGAGAGAGAUAUGGUGGGUGGCAAGAGCAUUGUCAAGACCAUUUGCUCGAUUUGCUUCGAAGAUCUCAAGCCCCUUGCCCAAGAUCUCCAAGCCAUCUCCGUCUGCGGUCAUGUCUUCCACGAGCCAUGUUUACAACAUUGGUUCAAGCACUGCUUGCGAAGGAGGAGAUAUAGUUGCCCUGUGUGCAUGCAAAAAUGUUCAGCAAAAAAUGUCAGUCGCCUCUACUUUCAGUCAGUCGAGGACUCCAACAAUUCCGUUCUCGCCAAGAAUGAGAAAGAUCCCCAAGACUUGCGUUGCCAAAUUCAGAGAUUGGAGGACAAGGUUGAUGGGCUUAGCUCUCUUUUCAAGUUCCAGGGGAAGGACCUCAAAACAGGGAUUGAUAAUCAGACAAAUCAAGAGCAAUCAGAGGAUGUUUGGUUCAGUCCAAACUGGGCACCACACCUGGAGAAGAUAUUCGUAGAAUUGCUGAUUGAAGAAAUGAACUACCAUCCAGACGUGUGUGUCAGUGACUUUAAUGAGGAGGCAUGGGACCAUGUAUGCAAAGAAUUUAAUCAUCGAACAGGUCUAAAUUACGAUAAGAUGGAAUUGAAAAAACGCCUAGCUGUUUUAAGAAAACGAUAUUCCAUUGUAAAACCUUUGUAUAACCAUGGCAACUUUGGUAGGAAUUAUCGUAGGAAGAUGAUGGAUGUUGAUGAUCUUGUGUGGAAAGAAUAUGUUCAGGUGCAUCCUGAGAUUGCGCCAUACAGGAAAUGGGGGUGUCCUAUUUAUGAAGAGCUAUGCAAAAUAUUUACAAAGCCAAUGGUCACUGGAAAGCAAGCCAUUGUAAUUGGUGGAGAUAGGUCUGGAAGAAACUAUCUUGCACGCUCAAGGGAGAAUGUUGAUGACAUCGUUUUACAUGGAUGCAACAAGCGCCAGUCACCACAGCUUUUGGGUUCAGGACCCAACAAGAAAUAUCACAAGGGAACUGAGAAUUCAAGGGAGAUUAAUUCUGUCUUGAAAUCAAAUGGAACUGCAACACCUCAAACUAAUGACCCAUAUUCUGAAAGUCAUUGUGUUGCUGUACUAAAUGGUAUGCAAGAUGUUGAUUGCAGUACUUAUAGUGUUGCUUGUUAUUUGUUUCAGCACCCAACCUGGAGAAAAACAUUCAUAUCGACAAAAAGUGAGAAGAGGUUGACCUGGUUGAAAGCCAUGCUUCCUAGUGUUCCAUGAUGCAAAGGCUAAUAGGCAAGGAAGUCGAGCAGUUGUAAUCAGUAAUCACGUCACUUGUAGGUUCUGUUUACUUUUGGACAAUGAGACCUAGAAAAUGAUCCAUGUAUAAUUCACUAGGAAAUGGCAUGAAAUUACCAUAUCCGUGGGACAAACAUAAGUGAACAUAUUUUGUUGUGAAGUAAAUGACUCGAGUCUCCAUAUGGUCCUGUUUGGUGUUUUGUUGAUGAAAAAGGCAA